AUGAGGACAUCAAGAGUCGUCGCCCUCGCGGCGCUCACCAUCCAGACCUCCGUCGUCACCGCCAUCCGCGUCGCCACGGGUUCCCCUUGCUCCGCGAAAUGCGGCAACGUCCUCGACCAGACCUCGUCCGACAAUAUCGUAUGCGACGAGGGCGCAUAUUCGAGCGGUGAUGGCAUGGUGUUUAAGAAUUGCGUGACGUGCGAGGCGAGGAGUACGUACGUGACGGAGGGGACGAAUGGGAAGGAGUCGGAUUUGCAGUGGAUGAUUUACAACGUCCGGUAUGCGACUGCAACUUGUCUCUACGGAUGGCCGGACAAACACGCCGAAGCGAAUCCGUGCCUUACCUCAACCGCCUGCGAACCUCUUGAACAAGCCGUGACCUUCGAGAACCUCGCAGCCAACGCGUCGACUUACGACUACUGCGCUGCCUGGCAACCACAACAAAUGCCCAAGUGUCUUUCCUGUCUAUCCAUUGGCGGCCAGCACCACUUCCUCCGAAACUUCCUCACCGUCCUCAGCGCCGCCUGCGAACAACAACCCCUCCCCGGAAAAGCAGUCGGCAUCAAAGGCGAGAUCUUCUCCACCGACAUCGUCAACGCCACAAACCCAACCGCCAUCCCCACCCUCUCCCCCGAUUACUUCAAGGAAGGCUCCUUCGGCCUCGGCGCCAAAGUCGGCGUCGCCCUCGGCUCCCUAGCAUUCCUGCUCGUCCUAGCUGGCUUCCUCGUCGUCUGCCUCGGGAAGCGAAAGCGUCGCGCUUACCUCCGGCAGAUCGAAUCGGCCGGGUCCGGGGGCGGUUUCUUCUCCCCCACGCCGGGCGGUAGUGCUGCUGCGAACGCUCAUAAGAGCUGGGCGGGGCAGUUGGGCGGAUCUUCAGGAGCUUCGGGGAGUGGAGCAGGGAAUGCUGCGAGUGCUGCGGCUGCGAGGGGCCUUUUUGAUGAUACGCCCAUGAGUCAGAAGCCUUUGAGGGGAUGGGAUGAUUCCCCGUUGAGCGCUACGACGGAGAAGGGCUUCCCGAAGUACUUUUCGCCUUAUUCGUCGCAGUUUAGCAGUCCUGUGAGUGCGAGCGAAAGCACGCCGCAAGUCCCCUGGCCUCCUGGCGGGUCUCUCUCGCCGCCGCCGCAGCACGGUCAAAGUCACGGACAGCAGACGCAUACGAUCGGGCUUGCGCUAGGCGGGGAUGAUAGUAGUCUUGAGAUUCCGUCGCCUGCGAAGGGGAAGGAGAGGGCUACGGAUGGGUUUGAGGAGGAGGAUCUUUAUGGCGGCGGGGCGUAUGGUGGGAGGGUAGAGGCGCCGGUGUUGCAGCACCCUGGGUUUGGGAGGUCGAGUGAGAGUUUGCCGAGGAGGUAUAGGUUGACGGCGGAGGACGCGAGGAGGGGGGAUGCCAUUUGA